CAUUACCUCCAGCAGCUCCCUCACAGCGUCAUCAACAUUGACACCCACACGUUUAUCUCCACUGACAGCCCCAGGGACUCUCUAACCAGCAAGUGGUACACAGAUUCCCUCAGUCUCCCUGUCUCUGAACCUCUGUGUCCAUUUCCUGCAGAUCCCCCAGAGGUAUCCAUCUCUGGCUAUGAUAACAACUGGUACCUCAGCCAGAAUGAGGCCACCCUGACCUGCGACGCUCGCAGCAACCCAGAGCCCACAGGCUACAACUGGAGCACGACCAUGGGUCCCCUGCCACCCUUCGCUGUGGCCCAGGGCGCCCAGCUCCUGAUCCGUCCUGUGGACAAACCAAUCAACACAACUUUCAUCUGCAACGUCACCAAUGCCCUAGGAGCUCGCCAGGCAGAACUGACCGUCCAGGUCAAAGAGGGACCUCCCAGUGAGCCCUCAGGCAUGUCCAGUAACAUCAUCAUCUUCCUGAUUCUGGGAAUCGUGAUUCUUCUGACCCUCCUGGGUAUCGGGGUUUAUUUCUAUCGGUCCAGAUGUUCCCGUGAGGAGCAUGCCAGCGCCUCGGCUAAUGGGUAUAUCUCCUAUUCAGAUGUGAGCAGAGAGGCCAGCUCUUCCCAGGAUCCACAGACAGAGGGCACAAGGUGACACCGUCGGGACUGAGCAGGGAGAGAGACUGGAGCUGGCAAGGACAUGGGCCUCCGGAGUUGGACCCCACCCCAAUGGAUGAAGACCCCCUCCAAACAGACCAGCCUCCCUCCCUGUGUCAGACCUCAAAACGAGGGGGGCAGGUGCAAGUUCAGAGGUCUCCAAGACUACCCUCUGUUCAUUUGCUAGAAGGACUCACUAGACUCAGGAAAGCUGUUAGGCUUACAGUUACAGCUUGUUACAGUAAAAAGAUAGGGAUUAAGAUGAGCACAGGGAGGAGGUGCACAGCCCAUGUUCCAAGAGAGAUGAGGCGCCAGCUACCAGCUGCCCUCUCCCAGUGGAGCCAUAGAGGCAGCACCUGAUUCUCACAGCAACGACAUGUGACGACAUGCAAGUCCUGCCAACCAGAGCAGCUCACUCGAGAUCUUCAUGUCCAGAGUUUGUUGUUUGUCUUGAGACAGGGUCUGGCUCUGUUGGCACACUGGAGUGCAGCGGUGAGAUCACAGCUCAUUGCAGCCUUGACUUCUCAACUCCAAGUCAUCCUCCCACCUCAGCCUCCUGAGUAGCUACGACUACAGGUAUGUGCCACCAUGUCUGGCCAAUCUUUUUAUUAUUUGUAGAGAUGAGGUCUCCCUGUGUUGCCCAGGCUGGUCUUGAACUCUUGGCUUCAAGUGAUACUUCUGCCUUGGCCUCCCAAAGUGCUGAAUUAAGCAGCUCACCACCCACAUGACUGACCUCAUACAUCAAGCCAGUACCGUGUGGCCCAAGACCCCCACCAUAAGUCACAUCAUUUAUGAUGUGGCCCAGAGUGGCCCAAGACUCUCAGAUCAGCUACCAGCAGGAUAUUCCAAGGGCUUGGAGAUGAAUGCCCAGGAGCUGAGGAUAAAGGGCCUCAUCUUUGUUUGGGCAAGGUUAAGCCUCUACUGCAUAGCAGACCACACAGAAGGGUGUAGACCACCAGAGAAUUCUGGUAAAAAUUUGGCCUCUGGCCUUGAGCUUCCAAUUCUCUGUAUCCGUCAGACUUCUGUGGUUAUAAGAAAUAGCCGCUGACCCUGGUCACCAGAGGCUGCAACGCAGGCCGCAAGCAGCUGCCUGGGGUGUGUCCAAGGAGCAGAGACAACUACUGGACGUGAACUUGAAGAAGGUAGUCAGCUGCAGCCACUUUUAGCCAGCAUCUGCAGCCACUUUCAGCCAGCAUCUGCAGCCAGCAAGCUGGGACUGGCAGGAAAUAACCCACAAAAGAAGCAAACGCUAUUUCCAGCUCCAGGGGGAGGGGAUGCAGGGGGAGGCGGCACUGCAGUUGCUCAGGACACGCUCCUGUAGGACCAAGAUGGAUGCGACCCAAGACCCAGGAGGCCGAGCUGCUCAGAUGCAACUGACAAGUUUACUUUAAAAAGGUCUGUGAUCUUGAGGGCAGACACCAGAAUUCCUCUUAUAAAGAAAACUGUUUGGGAAAAUACCUUGAGGGAGAAAAGAUCUUGGGCCAAGAUGCUAAAUGAGAAUACAAAGCCUGAGCUGCUCUGCAAGAGAAAAUAAGCAGGACGGAGGAUCUGCUGUGGACAGAGAUGGAAGAGUGGGGAACAGAGAAGUGUGGGGAAGAGAUAACGAACCAGCAGGAUGGCAGUGGCAAAGGGUUCAAGGGGUGAUGAGGCCAGUGGGACCCCACAGAGUUGAGGAGACAAAGGAACAUUGGUUGCUUUGGUGGCACAUAAGCUCCUUGUCUUUCUCCAGCGCCCAAAAUAUCAUUAAAGCUUAUUUAUUGUACCUCCA